CUGUGUUCACUAGACACCAGCCUCCUGAAGACCAUUACACAGAGUAGCCUGAGUAAGGCCAAUGCCCUGACGGUGACCAACUGCAACAUAAUGAAGAAGAGAGCGCUGUUCAUCAUCGCUGAAGGGGCCUUCCAGAGCCGUAGUACUGUCUCUGCUACCUCCUACCAGCUAACACAGCCAUACAUAGGUGGUGCUGACUCCGCCUACAUCCAGCGUCUGUCCACCUCUGACAUCAGUAUGGACAUGGACACUUUCAUCAGCCUGGACCCUGCAGUUAUACAGACUCUGGGUGUGAGCCAGGUCAAAGGUCUGCUGGGUUCUAACCUGCCAGAGCUGAAAAGCUAUGAGAACCAGAGCGCGGUCCGGACCUGGAUCAGCACCCGUUUCCAGGCCGACCUGGACUAUCUGGGGCUGGGUCUGAAGGGAGGCAAGGCUGACCCCAUCACGGUUGGCGUGGGAACCAUCAUACUUCCUACCAGUGCAGGGGUAACUGGAGGAACUGCUGCUACUACUACUACAGGAAAACCGAGCGGCGGAGCGAUCAACAGACCAACGUUCGGCCUCCACCUUCUCCUCACCACUCUGGCCGUCGCUGUCCUGUACCAUUCUACACUGAUUUAAACACUGAUUUCAGAGAUUUUAUAUUUCGGAGUGAGAGAGUUAACUGACUCCAUAGCAUCAAGUCGCAUUCGGCUCAGACAGGGAAAAACAUCAUGUGAAGUUCUCAAACAGGAAACAAAAAUGUAUACAUUUAGAGUCAGGCAGUGCCUUAGAUAUUGUAAAUAUCACUGAAUACAAGGAUAUACUGGACCUAUCAAAAGACUAUAAAAACAAUCUAGCACUUUAGUCACGUCAAUGUUUCUGUUCUGACAAGUUCUGCACACCGUUUUAUUUAAGUGUCACUUUGUAUGUUGUUGGAAUGAGGUCUGUUCUGUCUUAGUGGUUGGAAUGAAGUCUGUUCUGUCUUGGUUGGAAUGAAGUCUGUUCUGUCUUAGUGGUUGGAAUGAAGUCUGUUCUGUCUUGGUGGUUGGAAUGAAGUCUGUUCUGUCUUAGUGGUUGGAAUGAAGUCUGUUCUGUCUUAGUGGUUGGAAUGAAGUCUGUUCUGUCUUGGUUGGA